AUGGUUGCUAUAGAAAAACAACAUUUUAUUAAACCAUGGAUGACAUCUGACAAAAUACCAAUGAUUAAGCCACAUUUUUCUGAUGGAUAUUUACCACCUUUAAAAUCAAUUGGUGAACAUGAAAAUACAGAUAAACAAAUGUUACAAAUACAACCUAAACUUCAUAAUCCAUUACUUUUUCCACCAACUGCACGUAGUACUACGUCAAAAUCAGGAAUAACAGAUCGUAGUAUGGAAUCACCAUCAUCACCGCUGGUAAACAGUUCGCCCAUUCGUGAAACAGAUUACCGUUCUGUUUUACGAAAUAGCUUGUCAUCUAUAGUGACUUCACGAUCUCCAAGUGUACACACAGAAAGUAGUAUACGUCCUAAACGAACAUCACUUUAUGAUUAUAUUCGACCAAAGAUCAAUACUGGCCUAAUGCCACGUAUAGAAAGUUCAAUUCGAAGAGAAAAUAAUACUCAUCAAUUAGGACCAAGUCGUCCAUUAAAGUGGAAUUUAUUAAGGCAAGGACUUGAACAAGAUAUAGAAAUACGUGCACAAACAAAACGAUUACAAUUUAAUUCGGGUAUUACAUAUACACAACAAUUAAAAAAAUUGGGAGAUCUUAUUCGAUCAAAAGCUAAAUCUCAUGUAUCAUUAAUGACGAAUCAAAUUGAAGAACGUUAUAAAAUUGUUGUUCAACUUACUGUUUUUCAAACAAAAACUGGUGGAUUACAUGUUUCAUCAAGAUGUUUAUGGAAUUCACAAACUGAUAAUUCAAUUACAUUUAAGAUGUAUGGUGUCGAUUAUAUUAAUGAUAAAGCAGUAGUUUUUUUUGCAUCACGUAUUUGUCAUCUUGUUGUACGACAUCAAAAUCCAGUAGAAUUGAACCGUUUUCCAUCAUUACGAUCAUUAACAUCAAAACUUCCUCAAAAUCGACAACUAUGUGGUGUAAAAUCAAAACAUUCACCAAAUUCAACUCAUACAUCAACAUUGUAUUUUAUUAAAUUCCUGUUCAAAUUUGAAGCAUUUGCAAUUCCCAGUAAACCUGCUCAACAUUUAUUAGUUAAACGACGUAAUGUUCCGUUUAUUCGUGAUGAUCCAGAUUGGACAAAAAACUUGAUCAAUUACUAUCAUUAUUACCGAAUAUUAAACAAUUAUUCCUUAAUACAUGCUCUUGGAAUUCCAGUUAAAUGGAAUAAUGUAUAA